AUGUUUAAUGCACCACGGGCAGCUCAACGGUACGGGCCAACCCCCGUCAACGGUCUGAGUGGCAGUUUUGUCGACGAAGACCCUCUCGCCAUCUCAAUUUAUGACGACCCGUGGAGUUCAAUCCCUUCGUCCACACCUCCGCCUACACGCAACAUGAAUUCCGCAUUCAGUUCAGUUAUAGCGGACGCGACAAUUCCAGAAUUGUACCACAGGGCUUUCGCUGCGGUUGAUGUAACCAACACCGGAGAGGUCUCGGUUAAUGCGCUGUCCAGAGUCCUUGCAAUCUCCUCCCUUCCAGCCGCUACUAUUGACAGGAUCGUUAACCUGGUUAGUUCAAAACCAAGAGUAUCCAGCCUCGAGUUCCAUGUAGCCCUAGCCCUAGUGGCUCUAGCACAGAUGGGUAAAGACAUCAGCAUCGAGCAAGUCGCUGCUUUAGCAGCGGAAAACGACCUACCGAUUCCCGCAUUGGAUAUUGAUACCUUGCAAUCAAGUUCUUCAUCACCUUACAUGCAUUACAGACAGAGUACUAUGGCUACCAUCCGCCUCCCUGCCUUUGCCCCCGAAGACCCUUGGAACGUACCCAGGUAUCCCAGCCAAGGAACCUAUGACUCUAGUCAACCGAUAACUCCCUUGACUAAUGGCUUGACGUCCACUUUUUCUGGAAGCGGUUUGCCCAGGGAUUGGUGGAACAAGCAAGACACAGCCGAAGUGAACAUCCUAGGCCAACAAGGGUUCAUACUUAACCGAUAUACUGUCUACGAGAUUAAGACUGACCGCGCAGCAGCACCUGUUCAUCGUCGCUACUCAGAAUUUGUGUUUCUGUGGGACUGCUUAGUACGAAGGUACCCCUUCCGUCUCCUACCCACACUUCCCCCAAAGCGCGUCCAACCUGAUGCUGCGUUCUUGGAGCAGCGAAGGAAAGGCCUUGCAAGGUUUUUGAAUGCCGUCAUGAAUCAUCCAGUUAUUAAGGAGGAUGGACUUCUCGCAAUUUUCCUGUCAGAGCCAUCAUUGGAGUCAUGGCGAAAGCAAACUUCAAUCUCGUUAGAGGAGGAGUCGGCCAGUAAGAGGGUUGACCCAAUUGAAGAGAUGUCGAUUCCUAGUGAUCUGGAGGAAAAGUUGGCUGUGGUUCGCGGAAAACUCAGCCCUCUGAUUGAGCAGUGGCAAAGAAUAUGCAUACUAGCCGAGCGAAUGAUAAAGAGACACGAAGCAGCUGCGGUACGGGUCCCUUCAGGCCUUUGGCGUACCUAUUUGCCGGCUCAUUUUGCCCUCCCUCUCUUCUCGCCUAUCUCGCUGUUGGACGUCGGUGCGCCUGCUGGACAUCCGGAUGGACGCGGACACACUUCGUCGACGGUUUCCUUACUUUCGGACUCUGUAUUCUCGAUGCGGAUGACCCCUGCGAAUGUUAACCUACUUGGUGACCAGGCUGAUAUGACGCGCUUGGCUAACGUUUUACGAGCGAUUGCAGAAGUAAACGAGAGAUGUUGGAGAGGUGACGAGUGCGACCUAUGUGAUGGCGUACGACAAGGCAUCGGACAUGUUGCUACACAUACUCAACACCAUUCGGAUCUACUGGAGGAGCGGACAAACAUGUUAUUGUACUCCACCCUGGAGUCCCUGAAGAGCCAACGCGACCUGUAUGUCGCGAUGCGUGAUCUAUUUGCUAGACAUGAACGACUCGCAGUCGACAACGUCGAGCGACUGAAGAAGCGGAUAGACUCGAACUCGACGAAGUUGGAGAGUAUCAAAGCGGCGCAGAAAGACGGUUGGCAAGAAGACGCUGACCGAGUCGUCGUACUUAUCGAGAAGGAUCAAGCAACAAUUGCUUCACUUUUGAACCGACGUGUUUUCAUCCGUGCAUGUAUGUGGCACGAAUUACGCGUCGUACUGCAUAAUCGGGAGAAUGUUUUACUGUCCAAGCUCACGCAGACCUUCGCUCGUGAAGAACAGUCGUUUGCAGACCGGGUACUCGCUAACUGGGUAUCCUUGGGGAACGCAGUGGAAGGGAUGCCGCUCGAGUAG